GUACCAACCCUGCCAGCAACCCGCCAGGUUGUCCUCGUGACCAACCAUGCACGACCACCCCCAGACAAAUUAGCCUAGCCUAACCCCCGGGGAGCUGGCCUGACGUCAUCAUAUCCCAACUCAACCAAUCGGAUGUGCCGCCAUGUGACUGCCGCCAGCCAAUGGCAUGCUAGUCCCGGCCUGACAUGGAAAAACACAUACAACAGACAAACGAUCGGCUGCAGUGUAUAAAGCAGCAUCUCAGCAACCCAGGAGGAUUCCAGAGUGCGGCCAGGGAACUGUUGGAGUGGUGUUCCGACCAGAGGGCCUUCCAGCUGCAGUUUGAGGACAGUCUUAUGGGCUGUCUGACGGUUGUGUACAAGGUAGCCUCGCAGCCCGGGUAUGACUUUGACUUGGGCUACCGACUUCUUGCAGUCUGCUCAUCCCACAAGGACCUCUUCUCCCCCAAGGCAGCCAGCCAACUGAGUGAAUGGUGUGAGGUACUCGGCCAGUCUUUAUUGCUGCGCCACCCCAAGAAUCGACCCCCUGACGGCAACAAAGGUCAGCCACCACCCAGCGCCAGCAGCAUGCACCCGCAGAUGCACAAGGCCAUGCAGCCGAUGCACCCUGGUGGAGACCCAAAUGCAGGAUGGGGAGGACCAAAUCCAGGCCAGACUCAACUGAAUGUUGUCACCACCAUCUUCCCAGUACACACGACACAGAGUGGACCAUUUACACACAACACACCCGGCUUUGCCAACACGACCAUGACUGGAGCAUCUGGUCAUGGUCAGCCGCCCCAGGGGUACCCCAGCAUGAACAAACCUGGCUACAACCCCCAAGCUAUGGCACCCUACAAUGGCUACCCACCCACCCCUAACACACCUGGCUCUAACCAGCCGCAGAUGUCAGGUGGAGCCCCCAACGACUACACGGCCCCGCCUGGAGCACUUUCAGCAGCGGCCUAUGUGGCUGCAGCUGCAACGGCCACAGCUACAGCCACGGCCACAGCUAGCAUGGUGGCCAUCCAGGAACAGCAGAAUCAGCAGCAGAUGAACAUCAACAUGCAAAUGAACAUGAAUAACCAGUACGCAUCUGGCAUGCAGUAUAUGGAAUCUUAUCCUCAGAUGCCACCCAACCAGCAUCAAUAUGGGCCCCAGUAUCCACCUGGUAUGCCAGGCCAGAGACAUCCGGGGCCCCCCAUGUCUAUGGGGGGUGGCCCAUGUCCAGGCCCUAUGAAGCCAAACAUGUACCACAGACGACCAGCCCCCUACCAUAACCCUUACAUCCAGAAGAGACCACCAAUGUAUCAAAAUGGUGCACAGAUGGAGUUUGUCUCUGGUGGUCCCGGCCCACAUGGCCCCUACAUGCCACAUCAGCAAUACACAGGCAAGCCUGGCUACCCUCCGGCCCAGCAGCCCCUACCCUCCCCCACGUAUGUGAUGCCCCAGGGCAUGACACAGAUGAGGCAGGGAGGACCUUCACCAUACCCCAAUGGUCAGCACCCGUACAUGACGCAAGGGCAAUACGGUCAUCCCCAGCGACCUACAGGCCCAACGCCAAACUAUAGCCAAUACCCUGGGCAAACACCCAAUAGCUUCCCACACUCGCCCAUACCUGGCAACCCAACACCACCAAUCACACCCGGGUCAGUACCAGGUUAUCCAGGUGAUAUGAAACCCAGUUAUCCACCGGAUGUAAAACCCAUGGUUGUCAAAUCAAGUCCUGACGAAUUACGGCUUACAUUCCCUGUAAGAGAUGGAGUUGUCUUACCUCCAUUUCGGCUGGAACACAAUCUGGCAGUUAGUAACCAUGUGUUCCAGUUGAGAGACACAGUGUACAACACACUUAUGUACAGAUCUGACCUUGAACUGCAAUUAAAAUGCUUCCAUCAUGAAGACCGUCAAAUGAGUACCAACUGGCCAGCAUCUGUCACGGUCAGCGUCAAUGCCACACCCUUGAACAUUGAAAGGGGUGACAACAAAUCAACACAUAAACCACUUUACCUCAAGGAAGUCUGCCAAGCAGGGCGCAACACCAUACAGAUCACAGUGACUGCAUGCUGCUGUUCUCACCUGUUUGUGCUUCAACUAGUCCACCGGCCGAGUAUCAGAUCAGUGUUACAAGGCUUGUUGCGGAAACGUUUGUUACCUGCUGAACACUGUAUCACAAAAAUCAAAAGAAAUUUCUCCAAUGUCCCACCUAACAAUGCAGUGAAUGGAGAAGAUGGGGUAGAACAAACAGCAAUUAAAGUACCAUUGAAAUGUCCUAUCACAUGCCGGAGAAUAACAUUACCAGCUAGAGGGCAUGACUGUAAACACAUACAGUGUUUCGACCUUGAAUCCUACCUACAGCUAAAUUGUGACAAAGGCUUAUGGAAGUGCCCAGUGUGCAAUAAAUCAGCACUGCUGGAAGGCCUGGAAAUUGACCAGUACAUCUGGGGCAUUUUAACAAAUAUGACAAAUCAACAGUUUGAGGAGGUGACCAUCAACCAAACAGCCAGCUGGAAGCCUGUCCCUAUCAAAUCUAUGGUCAAAGAGGAAGAUAGUGGUAGGUCCAGCUGUCCUAGUCUCCUGUAUGGAAAUCCAGAUUCUUGUCAAAAUAGUUGGAUGAAGGCUAUGUCACCAUCGAGUAUGCAGUUGCCAACAAUGACAUCUUGGGAUGCAGGACCUCAGGCAUCUCCCUAUAACCUUCCACCCCCAUCUACACCUGGAGAUCCAAUGAGCCAGGGUUUAAGGCAUCCAGACCCCUCAAGACCCCCAAGCAACAAUCACAUGACCCCUCGUCCAUCAUCACAACCUCAUCCACAGAACGGCAGCCUCAGCAACUUAUCCCACCCAUCCCCCGGCAACAACAACACAUCAUCCACCCCCAACAACUGCAACAACAACCUAAGUAAUGGUAUCUCUAACAAUAGUAUGAACAGCUCAUUACCAACUGACUGUCAUUCGUUAGGGGAUCUGAACUUUGACCCAACAGCAAUCAUUAAUGGAGACACGAGUGCUGCUCAGGGGCUUGAUUUGUUGGCAGACAAUCUCAGUGAUAUGGAGUUAUUGACUGCGUAUUUGGGACCCUCAGAUUCUACGGGCGACAAUGGACAGAACUCUUCUAGCACUGGGGAUGACCUGUUAGCUUUGUUUGAGAACUAGAGCAAACGUUCUUUCAUCAACCUGACCCAACAGUUCUGCUGAAGACUUUUGCCAGUCGAAGCUGCAAGUCUCAGGCUUACUUUUGAUUGUUAGCAGAACUUGGCACCGUCACAAAUGACAUUUCAUUUGCCCACUGAUUUGAGUGUUGCAGCGUGGUUGUAUUUACUUGAUAGUCCGUGGUGAGAUGCUAUGCAUUUCUUCAAACCAUCGCCCAGUGAGCAACACAUUUGUUCGGCAAUGAAGCUAUUUUAAUACAAAAAAUUCAAGCUAAAACCAAAGUGAGACUGACCUUAUUACUGACCCAUCAUCAACCUGACAUAAAGGCACAUGCAGUAGAAGCCAAGAGUACAAAUUCUACAUUCAUCUUCGCAUAGGUGAAGUGCCUACCCCAUGAAAACUGUCAUGGUUUGGCUCCUGAUCUGGCUUGUCAACAGCCAUCAACCCUUGUACACUUGUAGGGAUUAUUCACUGGAUUACAUGCCUGUCUCUGCUGGAGCCACUGCAAGUGAUUGUGAAACUGUUGUGAUUUCAUUCAGUAGCCAUGGAGUAUAAUGCUACCAAACAACAAGCUAACUUUACAACAGGAGAUUUAAAACACCCUCCUUGCCUUCAAGGCUGGGGAAAGACUGAGAAAAAAACUAGCAAAUGUUAAAACUUGAGAUCUUUUAUCACAGUUGUGAAUCUCACAGCUCUGUGCCACCAAUGAUAUCGCCAGGGACAAGUAUUCUGCUGGUUCACUUGUACUUGACAACCUCGCAAGCAGAUUUUCACCCCUCACCCUGCUAACCAAUCAAAAAAAUGACAAGUACUACAAUCACCAAUCAGACUUUAAAUAUGCACAUAUGGAUAAAAGUGCUUUCAUCCUUCGUCAAGGUGGGACUAGACAAAGGGGGUUCUGCUUUAAAUUACUUAUCUUCGUAUUCGCAAGAGUGAGAGCCCAUGGCUCAAGAUUCCAAAACUAUUUUUUAAAAUGUGGAACAGUUUUUAGAGUGUGUUACAUAUUUGUAGUCCUCCUUACUUACUUGAAACAGACUAAAGCUGGGAUAUAAACAAUUCUUAGUUGGAUGACCUGUUGUUGAAACUAAUCUCAUUGUGUUGGCUAUGUGUAAGGAGAAAUAAAAUUGCUGUUUAAAACAUAACUUUAAUCUAAAAGACAGUCAUUUUGAUUUGGACUAUAUAUAUUAUAAAUAUAUAUAUAUAUAGUUAAUUUUAGAAUGAUGAACUAUAUAAAUUAAAUGCAAUGGCAAACUAAAAUGAGUUUGAAUAACCUUCUGUGUAACAGUUUAUUAAAUUUAUUAUACUGUUCACUUUAAAUUGAUUUACAAUUAACAUUUAUUUGAUCUGAUCACAGUAAAUAUAGCAACUACUUGCACUGUUUAAAAAUUUUCAGCAUAGGAUUAAAUAAACGUAAUGUGCUAUAUAUUCAGAUUUUGAUUAAAAGAUCUCUCACUAGAAACUGUUUAAAUUUUUAAAAAAUUUUUCAAGUGUAAUAUCAAUUCAGCAAAGCUCAUCUGAUUCUAUAGUGUUUAUUCUGUAUUGUAAUUGUAUUGAUAUUUAAAAUUCAGGAAUGAGUUUAAAUAGGAAUAAAGAAAUAAAUUGCAAUAGCUGAUGUGCAGUUAAAACAUGAAGUAAUUGUUUUAAGAGCAGAUUGUUUUGCUGUAUACAUUUGAUUAAUUUCACUAUAGUCAUUUCAUUACCUCAUCAAAAUUUUGUUAAAUAGACAGUUCAUAUUACAAGUCUUACAACUGAAAAUAAAAGCGAUAGCAAUUAGAAAUAGUAUUCAAAAGUUUUAAUAUAACUUUUUUGCCAUUAAAAAAAAUGUGUGUAUAAAAUUUAAGUGUCCGCAGACACUUUAUUAGAUUAUGAAUAUAACUUUUCUGCUAUGUAUAAAGCUCAGGGAAUAGCAAGAAUAACAAUCAAGAGAAUCCAUUUUUUUAAUAAAUAAUUCAGUAACUUUAAAGACAGUGCACUCGGCUAUAUUUAAUAUUUAUUGUCAAAAGCAAGAAGCAUAAAAUAUUUAAAUAGUAUUUAAUGUAGAGAGUAUUUAUAGCAAUGUAUUUUCAUUAUAUAAAUUUACUAAUCAAAUAUUCACUGCAGUUGAAGAUUUACUUUUCUUUGUUACUGUAAAAAAAAUAAUUUUAUUUUUCAGUACUGAAGGAUUUGUGUGUGCUUUAUGUUAAAUAUUUGGCUAACAAAUUAACUUCUAAAUUUAAAAAAAAAACUGAUGGAACUGGUAGGUUCCUAGGCAGCAAAUCACAACAGCACUUCAUCAUCCCAGUCACCUGAAAGUUCAUCACAAAGAUCUAUGUUUAUACAUUGGUUUUAUCAUAUCAGAAUUUCUCAUGACAUUUUAUUAUCAUCACGUUUUCAUAACAUUUAUUUUAAAAGUAUUUAAAUUUGGCUCUCAGUGGCCAUCCAGGCAACCAUUUUUUCUUGUGUUACAUGAUUGUUGUACAAAGUUUUAUCAUUAUUUUAAAUAUCUAUACAUAUUAUCUACAAUAUCUGUAAAUGAAUGUCUUGUACAGGAUUUUAUCAAUGUUUUGAUUUUAUUCUACUAUUUGUUGUCCAACUAGCAAAUUACAUAGCAAUAUCUGUUUCCUUUUUUAAAACAAAUUUUAAAUAUAUCUAUGAUGAUAAACGUUGGUUGAGUUAUUUUAGUGUUUAGAAAAUUUGGACACGAUAAGCAAUUCAGUCUGUCCUAUAUAUAUUUUUUAAAUCAAAAUACUUUUAAAGGACGGUGACAUUUGUGAAUUUUUAAACUGACCCAUUCUUUUAAAUAAAAAGGUUUGGUUACUUUAAAUCUAUCAAAAUCUGAUAAGAAAGUUAAUUUUUAAAUAAAUGUUUAAAAAAUGUUGGAAUUUUUAUAUGGAAUAAGAAGAGAUACAAGUAUUUGUUUAAUAAAUAGCAUUUUUGACGAUGAGAAGGAAUCUUUUCUCAGACAUAUUACCAAAAUGUUGCAGAAUUUCAAUACUAUAUGCAGACAUUUUCUUUAUUUUUAGAUAUCUUUUAAAAUUUGUCAGUAAAAGAACAAAAAAAUCCUGUGUGUGAAGGGAUUCAAUUCAAAUAAAAUCAUCUUUUGUUUAACAAUCCUAUAAAUUUCUGAGCCUAGCCCCUAGUGCUCUAAACCACUGCAAGCAAGCAUUGAGUAAAGCUUUGUUACAAUCAAGGACUGGCAUGCACUGUUUCCCUGGAAUUAAAUACUUUCAACAGCAUGGUAAAACAUAUACAAUACUAUUGUCUUUCUAAUUAUUUUCCCCAUUUAAAUUUUAUCAUGUUUUUAGAUAUUCUCCCAGGUUUAAUUAUGAUUUGUUUCAAAAGCUAUUUCCCUAAUUUAUCAUGUUU